GGUUACGCAGCAACCGGAAAACUUUCAUGAACGUUUACGUGUUCUAACUUUAACUAAUGUUAUUGAUUGACACAGAACAGUCUUAAAUCAAAAGAAAUAUUAGAAUAAAGUUAUUGUAGUUAUGCGGGAAGAAUAUGAUGUUGCUGUUAUAGGCGGUGGUUUAUCUGGCCUAACAUGUUGCUAUCAUCUCUUUAAGACUUGCAGUGACUUGAAAGUCGCGGUUUUCGAAGCAAAUGACCGGCUUGGUGGUCGACUCCAACAAGCAGAGUUGCCCGUAUUGGAUGGAACAGACGAUUGGGACUUGGGUGGUCACUGGGUUAGCAGCUCCCAGCACAAUGUGAUGAACCUCAUCAAGGAGUUUGGAUUAUCAACCAGGCCCCAGUUUGUUGAGGGAAGGAAGAAGAUUGCAUUGCAUAGCUUGGAGAAUAUUUCAACUUAUUCUGGUCUCAUCCCCUCUAUUGGGAUAUUUGAACUUAUUGAUAUGGAUCGGACAUUGAAAAAGAUGGAAUCAAUGGCGAACAAAGUAGAUCCGGACAAUCCAAUCAAAUGUCCCAAUGCUGCUGCCUGGGAUAAAAUAACAGUUCAAACAUUUGCUGAUCAAAACUUCAUGUUUGAAACCAGUAAAGAACUCUUUGCAUGUACGUUGCGAGUUGUGUUCGGAUGCGAACCUUCUCAACUUUCCUUGUUCUACAUCCUUUAUUACUGUUCGUUGGCCGGGGGGUUCAGGUUCUUGGUGGAUCAGAUUGACGGGGCCGCUCAAGAGUUUCAACUUAAUGGAACAACCUACCAGUUGAUUGAGAAGUUGAAAGACAGAAUUACUUCAGCCAAGAUAAUGUUGGGUUGCCCUGUUGUGUCUAUUGAUCAGAGCAACAAUGACUUUGCAACACUCACCACCAAGCAGGGUGAUACAUACAAAGCCAAACACAUAAUAUGCACCUCCCCUCCACACCUGGUGAAUCGCAUCCACUUCAAUCCACCGCUACCGUACGAACGAUCGCAACUAAGCAUGCGGAUGCCGAUGGGUCACCUCAUCAAAUGUACGCUCACUUAUAAGUCGGCUUUCUGGAAGGAAAACGGAGAUUCAGGCGAAACCGCGUUCGUUGUUCCCUCCAAGUCUGUUGGUCCCUUGUCAGUUACAUUUGAUGCGACGUCGCAUCGAGGUAACCCUGCAUUGGUUGCUUUUAUUGGUGGAGAACAUGCUGCUUACUGGACGAAUAAAUCUGUCGAUGAACGCAAGGAAGCAGUCGUGAAAUGUUUGGUGUCUUUGUUGGGCGAGGAAAGUCGGACAGAGUUGAUUCAUUAUAUUGAUAAGGAUUGGAGUAAAGAGGAAUAUAUAGGGGGGGCCCCUGUUGGUAUCAUGCAACCUGGAUGUCUCAUGUAUUUCCACCAAGCAUUGUGGAUACCAUUCAUUAGGGUACAUUGGGGGGGAACGGAGACGGCACGACGUUGGGUGGGUUACCUAGAUGGCGCUGUUGAGUCAGGUGUACGCGCGGCAGAUGAAGUGUUGGAUCGAAUUAAAGGAAAUCCGAUGCAACGCAGUGUUGCAACAUCAUCCAUAUAUUCGAGCAACUUACCAUGGGGCAAAGUGGGACAACCAUCAAGGGUUCCCACUUUAUUUAAAUGGUCGAUUGGGCUGGCCAUUGUAAGUUUUACUGCAUAUGCUGCUUAUUCAUAUAUGGAUCACAUAAAGUCAUGUAUUACAUCCAAGGCUUAAUCUUACUCCUGUUUAUACAUAUCUAGCACUUGUGUUUAUUUUAAUGCAGAUUUUUAGCAAUUAUUCUACAAUUUGUUUUAUAUGCAAUUGAUAAGCUGUGUGAUUGGUAUUUGAACUGUUUAUAGUAUUGUUGCUUCUGUGUUUCACACUGUUUAUCUCCAUCUCAUAUAAACUUCAUUUGAUUAAAGACACUUGCUUUAUAAUAUAGUACAACGUAAAUACAUUUGUAAAAUAUUUCA